AUGGGCGACGAGGGCAAGAUCUACGUAAGCGAGGAAGUAGUGCCAGCAUACAAGAGCCUGCUGCGAGAUGCCGAUCUCAUUUUGCCCAACCAGUUUGAAGCAGAACUUCUCUCGGGCGUCACCAUCACAGACUUCAAGUCUCUUGCCGAGGCCAUCCGCGUACUCCACCGCUCGCACCGCGUACCGCAUAUCAUCAUCACCUCAGUCCGUCUUCCUCACGACAACGAGCAAGGACAAGAACCAGAGCUUUCAAUUGUAGGAUCCACUGCCGAUUCAGACUUCAACCCUCGCUUGUUCCGCCUCAAAGUGCCCGCUUUCCCCGUCUUCUUCUCUGGCACCGGCGACAUGUUUGCCGCCUUGAUGGUGGCAAGGCUACGUGAAGCAUGUCUUGCUGCCAAUCUCUUGACCACAGCACAUUGGCAAUCGCCCGACAAAGUUGCAGCAAUCGAACUUCCCUUGGCAAAAGCUGCUGAAAAGGUGCUUGCAAGCAUGCACUUGGUGCUCAAGAAGACUAUAAAGUCACGGCAGGAAGAACUGAAAAAGAUGGAAGGUGCUCCAGAAUUCAACACUGGCAUUGGCAACGAGGCCGAUAAGGACAAUGAGCGUGACAAGUAUCUACGCUUGACCAAAGCGGCCGAGGUCAGGGUUGUCAGGAACUGGAAAGACUUGGUCUAUCCUCCAGACAUAGAAGCCUUCAAGGCGCAUGCUGUCCACGUUGAGCUUGACCCGAACGUGUCCAUCGAGCCAGACGAGCUUGGAGUUGUAAACAUGGGCACUGGACACGAGGUUGGACAAGGUGCGGUGCACCAAACUUGA